AUGGCACCACCAAAGACGAGGAAUGAGGUCCAGUCCCUCACUGGGAAGGUUGUCUCUCUCGCCCAAUUCAUAUCACGCAUAACCGACAAGUGCGCCCCAUUCUUCAAGCUCUUCAAAACUCACCAUACCAAAGCGAUAAAUUGGGGACCCGAGCAUGACAAGGCUUUCCGGGGCCUCCGAGACUAUCUGGCAUUAGUACCUACUCUUUCCAAACCCAUCCCAGGAGAGGUCCUGUACAUUUACCUCACAGUAUCAGUUACCGCGAUCAGCGCUCCCCUGGUCAGAAGAGAGGACAACAAUGAACUGCCAGUCUAUUACACCGGCAAGGGGUUCAACGAUGCCAAAUCCAGGUACUUUGAUAUCGAGAAAUUCGCCCUCGCACUCCUCACAGUCGCUCGACGAUUACAGCAAUAUUUCCAGGCACACACCAUACAUGUUUUGACCAACCAGCCCUUGAAACAAGUUCUCCAGAAACCAAAAUCUUUGGGAAGGUUGCCUGUCUCGGAACCUAACACCACCUCCGCAUGGACUCUUCACGUCGACGGAUCCUCCAACAGUAAGCUCAGCGGCGCCGGGGUAGUCUUGACUGACCCAGAAGGGAACACAUAUGAGUAUGCACUACAAUUCAAGUUGAAGGCCUCAAACAACGCAGCCGAGUAUGAAGCACUGAUCGCUGACAUCCAGUUGGCCAAAGAGUUAGGAGUCACGAGACUGGCAAUCUUUAGUGAUUCCCAACUCGUCGUCAACCAAGUCGGCGACGAUUUCCAAGCCAAGGAGCCACAUCUAUCCCACUACCAAUCCCUCGCCAAGGCUUUACUCCAGCGAUGUCUCACCAACCAUACAAUCGCUCUGAUCCCCCGGGCACAGAACAGCAAGGCUGACGUUGUCGCCAGGUUGGCAACAUCGCCCCCAAACACCAAUAUGGGAGAUCUCAAGCUAGAAAUCCUGGACAAGCCGAGUAUCGAUAAGCCAUUCUCAGAAAUAUUCUUGACCGAGAGCGAGCGUCCGCCUUCAUGGAUGGACCAAUUUAUCGACUACCUCUCCAAGGGUAUCGAGCCCCAGGACAAGACCAUCGCCACAAGGCUCCGACGAAGAGCAACGUUGUACACUGUCCGAGAGGGCAAACUAUACAGGAAGGGAAGGUCUUUCCCCCUGUUGAAGUGCAUCUCACUCGAGGAGGGGCAUCGAGUCCUGUUAUUACUGCAUAGUGGAGUUUGCGGCAAUCACGCGGGCGCAAGAAACCUGGCGUUUAAGGCACUGCGUACAGGGUACUACUGGCCCACAAUCGAACAAGACACGAAACGUAUCGCUAACGCCUGCCUUAAGUGCCACCAUUUCGCCAACUCCCCUCUUGCACCCUCGGUACCGCUCUCUUUCAUCAUCGCCCCUUGGGCAUACUGCCAAUGGGGGCUAGACUUCAUCGGCAAAUUCCCAACAGCACCAGGACAGCUCAAAUUCGCCAUUAUCGCAGUGGACUACAACACCAAGUGGGUCGAGACUGAGGCCUUGGCCACGAUCACGGCAGCCAAGGUGAUCCACUUCCUGUGGAAGAACAUCUACUGCCGCUUCGGAAUCCCCGAGACAAUCAUCACCUAUAACGGUGCCCAGUUUGAUAACUAUACGCUCCGGGAUUUCGUCGGCCAGUACGGCACGCAGAUCCGAUAUGCCUCCCCCGCACACCCACAAACAAAUGGCCAAGUUGAAGCUGUCAAUAAGAUAAUCAAGCAGAACUUGAAGAAGCGGCUCGACGAUGCCAAGGUCUUAUGGGCAGAAAAACUCCCCGAGGUGCUAUGGGCAAUUAGAACGACCCCAACAGAGUCCAAUGGUGAGUCACCCUUCUGCUUGUCAUUUGGAACCGAGGCCGUAAUCCCUGUCGAGCAGGAGGUUCAUAGCGAGCGGGUCGCAUGCUUCGACCCACUCACCAACUCGGAAGGGUUGAACCUCAACUCGGACCUCUUGGAAGAGCGCCGCGAGCGAGCCAAUCUCCGGAAUAUCAACAACAAGCAGCGUAUCUUCCUCUACUAUGAUGCCAGAGUCAGGCCUCACCCCCUCUCUGUUGGGGAUUGA